GUGACAGAGGAGCACCAACAGCUAAAUAUGCAGGGCACCUACAUGAGCUCAAGCCACAGAUAAGUGAAUAUUUGCGGCUUCAGGAUAACAACUGGGUAAUGGGUUCCUAGAGCUGGCACCAUGUGGCCUGGCUCCAGACAGAACAAAUCCUUUGCAGACCCCCAGGGCUCCAAGCAGUGUCACACCUGUGGCAAGGCAGCUGCCACCUCCCUGGGGCAGUACCAAUGGCAAAGCUGCACAGCUGUGCCAAAUUUCUCCCUGUCCCCAUGCUAACUUUGUGUUUUUCUUGAAAACUAAUGAUUCCCGUUUUUUUUAUAAACAUUGAUCUUUGAUUAUUUCAACCUGUUUCUCCCAUGACCCAGAGUAUUGCCAUUAGUAGGUUUCUGCUCAGUUGCUUAUCUCUUCCUUGUUCUUAGUCUUACCUCUAAGUGUAUGUUAACUCAAGCAGUUAGACAUCAUGAUAAGGCUGUUACUGUCUGAGAUGCCACCAUGCAAGGUGAACAGGAUUUGAAAAUGAUCGGGAUCCUGCAGGCUGCACACCCAGGGGUCCUUAUUAACAACGAAAUCGUAGAGCCCAACCCACAGCAUGUGGCUGCUUACAAAGAGCUAGUUAAUCAAGCUCCAGAUCUGCAGGGUGUCUCCUUUAUUUGGCACCAGCUCACUUGCUCAGAGUAUGAACAACAGGUGAAAGAGAAAUGCAUAAACAAGAAACUUGACUUCAUACAUAUGAUUCAGAUGCUGUACCGUGUGGAAGAUAUUCCUAAUAUCAUCAAGUUUUUCCACAGUUGCCUCGACCACCAGGCUAAACUCCUGAUCAUAAUUUUGGCAGAAGGUCGGUCUUUGAGGUGACCAUGAGAGGGCUGCAGCAGCCGGCGGAUCUGAUUUGGCUCUGAAAUCGUUUGAGAUGCUGAGCUGGAGGAACAAAGCCAAGCAGGCGGGCAGGAUAACACCGCUCUGCCUUAGCUCCGCUCGCCUUGCUGGGUCAGCGCAUCCUCAGGUCAGUGCCUGCUCCGUCAGCCGCACAGCUUGUCCCAGCUGUGGAUGGAGCAAGCUUGUGGAUAACCACGUAGUAAGCUGCCGUGAGUGCUCUGGGGUGAAAGGAAUGCCUACAAAGACCAGACUGCAUUAUUUCUAAAUAUUAUUUCUAAAUAUAACAGUUGCAGAUUUUAUCCUUAUUUCAAGUUAGUAGAACAUCUAUUUCAAUGACAUAGCAUUACUCUCCUUGCAUGGUAUAGGGGUAAGAGAGAAAGCAGUUAUUUUAUGCUAUCAAUGAAGGACAGUUGGAUUUUUAUUUGGUCUGUAUUCAGUCUUGGGGGCUAAAAGUUUUGCCUUUGUAAGGCACAUUAAGGCUUCUCUACUCAUGAACAUUACUGGGGAUGAAAAUAGUGUAGGAACUGGAAAAUGUAAUAGCAGCUCAUCAAUGAACUGACAAGCUCAGUAAAAUACUGGAGCAUGUAUUGAAAAGAUUAAAGCAAACUUCAACCAGGAAGCAAAAUAUAAAAGUACAGAUGCUGAAAUUCUUUUUCCUUCAAUAUUUGCCUAGAAAAAUUUGCUGAGGUUUGUAUCAGGAAUUAAGAAAAUAUUUGGGCACUCCAUGCAUUUUUCAUGAAUAAUUCAUGAAUAAUUUUUCCAUCAGAGUAAAAUUUUUUCAAGUAUUUGUAUUUUCUUUGCAGGUACAAGAAUAAGCGUAAAGCCAUCCCGUUUAUGCCCUUUAUUUUCAAGCAUUCCAGAGAAAUAUACAGUCAUGAUGAAAGAAAGGUUGAGAAAUUUCAGCUCGAGCAACGAAAAUUUGGGGCAAGUUCUUAAACAUAGAAAAAGGAGAUUUAGAAUCCAAACAGUUCAAAAACCUUAAUGAUGGACAUUUCUCCUGUUAUAAUCAUAUAAAUUAAAAAAGCCUUAUAAAGUGCAGCCUGCUAAGUAGCAAUAGAAAAUCCUGAGUUCUUUAAAUUUUUAUUUUAUUCCUGCAACAUUUCUCAUGUCAGAUAAAUAUUACCUGAAAAAGAAGGAAAUUGCAAUAUCUACAGAAUCUUAGGUGAUGCUGUGAUCACAGUACAGAAGGACUGUCCUGCUUAAAAUGCUUGGACAAAUGUAAAAUUAGCACUUCCCAAUGUCAUUUAAAAAGGAGUAAAACCCCAGCGAAGUCUGAGUUUCAUAAGACCAGGCUCAGAAACACAGCACCAGCAUCAAAGUCAUCCUUUUCUAAAGAGUUGCAAAGUUUCUUUUCUUUUUUCCUUUUUCUUUAACAACAAAUGCAAAAGCUCUAAAUCUUCUCAGCCCUAAGUGCAGGUGGUGUCAGAUGAAGUUAACAGGAGACAAUGCUUUUAGAUGCUUAUAAAAACGUGAUUUUGUGCAUCUCUCUUCCAGGCUGUUAUUCAGUGAUGAAUGUGCAGAGGGUCUUUGUGAUGCCCAAAAAGUGACUGAGGCUCUUUGAUAAUGGCAGAAGGUGGCCUCAGAAGCCCAGCCUGUGCAUCUGAGUUGAGAUGCUCGUAGAUAAGUUCCCUGAGCAGGUCAUGUCAGUAGAUAUAAUGUGUCCUUUAAACUACUCUGGCACCUCAUUUUCUGUCAUUCUCAUUUUUCUGCUGCGGCAUGUCUCUUUCUUUGAGUAAGGGAUGGUUAUUUCUUUACAAUGGAAAUAAAAAUAGUUGACAUAGAAGUGUGGUGUUUUACCUAUUCAGAAUGACCGUGGAAAGUUGCACUCCAGAGUCAGCUUGAAUAGAGUGAACACUAUUAAGUGCCAACAUGAAAAAGACCUCUCAGAGGAGAUAAUGCCUUCACCCAAUUAAUCUUUCCUAAUGAACUUACUCUUUAGAGGUGGGUAGAGCACUUUCAGCAUGAAGUUUGCUUCCUGUGAUCAUUUGUGCCAAUAAAAGUCCUGCGAAAAUGGAUG